GUAGCACUGUUCAUGCCGUCGUUGUCGUCAUCGUAUGGAGGAUCGUAGUGCAGCCUGAUUAAGAACACAUCGAUGAUCGCAUGCAGGAGUGUAAAGCUUUGGUGAAGGCAAGAGUAUGCUAUCAAGAGACAAUGAUGGCAUUCUUGUACUACAAUGACAACGACAAAGCCACUUGGAAUACCAUUUCUCGAAAUUCUGAAGACGUCGAGAAAAGGUCUCGUGUUACACCAAACCGGGAAGCUAGGGUGCCCCGGGCCGGGACUGAAAAGGGCAAGAGAUAAAAGGCAACGUAUACCCACAAAUAGAUAGUGAUACGCUAGUCCCUGAUUUUGUGGGCUGAGGUGCAGUCCUGAGAAGCACGAUCUGCGAACCAUCCCUGUGGAUUCCCGGCGCCACUGGCAACGGAGAAGAUAGAAAAGAUAGAAUCGCAGAAUCUCGCGUUUGCGGUAUCCCCUUCGUUCUGGAAGGAUGUCGUAAAUCAGUGGUUGCGAACCACCAUCGUCCGUCCGUCCGUGCAUCAGUCAGCCUGCGUUAUUCCUUCUGGAAAACCUGUCGAAGGGAACGUGACGAUCCAAUAGUACGGCUCGGUGUGCUCCAGCUUGUGCGAAUUUGACGAGGAGCGUUGGUGGUGCCUCGAACUCGGAUUUUAAAAUAGUUCCUGAGAAAAGGAACGCCACCGUCUCUCAGCGACGACUGUCGAUGGCCAUCACGAAGCACCAUUUUGCACGAAUAGGGCAGUUAAUAUGAACCCUCAAAGCUGGGUUCGUGGGAGGUCUUCGCGAAAUCAUGACUGGAUGAUGAUCGUUCGGACAUUCGCGUCGGAGUGUUAUCGAGAACGUCCUUCGGAG